UGACGAAUCCGCGGGCCGCCCCCGAGCACAUGCGCACUGCGCUCCUGGUCAUGGGGAGUUUCUGCGCUUGCUGCCGGAUCUGGAGUUGGGGUCGGCGGUGGCGGCCGGGGGUCACCUGGGCUCCCGGGGCCGCGGGCUUCGGCACUAAGGCCUGGCGUCAGCCGCAACCUGGAGGCUCCAGCCCGCGUCCCGGGUCCGGGUCCAGAUCCGGGUCCGAGCACGAGCCCUUCCCGGGGCUGCUGAGGCUGGAGACCCUCAGCCGGGAGGCGCUGGUGGGCGUGCUGAAGGCAGCCGUGGUGGAGCAGAGAGGUCCUCUUGUGACACUGAACAAGCCACAGGGUCUGCCGGUGACAGGAAAGCCGGGUGAACUGGCACUGCUGUCGGUGCUGCCAGAGCUCAGCCAGGCCCUGGAGCUGGGGCCGCUGCAGGUGGUGCGGGCACCGAGCAGGGAGGCCUCUGGCCUAGUCCUGUUAUCCAGUUGUCCCCAGACAGCAAGCCGCCUCCAGAAGUUUUUCUCCCAUUCUCGACGAACCCAGAGGCCCACAGCCACCUACUGGGCUGUCACCGAUGGGAUCCCAGCUGCCACAGAGGGGAUAGUCCAGGCAGCCCUGAGGCUGGAGCACACUGAUGGGGGUCACCUUGUAGUCCCAGUGAAGUCUCCUUCCCGAAAGGACAUCUUGGAGGAAGUCAAGAGGACCCUGACCCACUUCCGUGUGGUGGCCAGCAGCUCCGGCUGUGCCCUGGUCCGGCUGCAGCCCGUCACAGCCUUCCCGCACCAGCUGCAGGUACACAUGGUGUUGCAGCUCUGCCCCGUGCUGGGCGACCUCACCUACGCCUCCCGCGUGGGCUCCGUCCUGGGCCAGCGCUUCCUGCUGCCAGCUGAGAGCACCCAGCCGGGAAGACAGGUCCUGAACACAGCCCUCCUGCGCCGCCUCGGCCUGGCGCCUGCCCAAGCUGCCUGGAUGCCCUUGCAUCUCCAUCUGCACCAGCUCCAGCUCCCCGGUCACAGCCCCCGGGACGCCCCCCUAGAGCUCCUGGUGCCCCUGCCCACUUAUUUCUCCCAGACCCUGCAGUACCUGGGGCUUCAUCAGCCUGCUGCCCCUCCUGGACCCUGGGAGGGAAAGGGGUAGGGCUGGGGGGGGGGUGGCGGCAGGGUCAGAGCUGAAGGCCUCCCUGGGGCUUAGAAGCUGCAUAGACCAGACCAGACAUCAACCCAGCUGGGCCCCAAGUGACUUCCCUUCUCUGGCCGUAAUAAAGGCACUUGCCUCAGUGUGGUUUGGAGGUGUUGCCGAGACUGUCUGUCUGUCUAUCUGAACCACACUUUCUGUUGAGUUCAGCAUGUGGGCUUGGGCUUGGGUUUGGCUGUCUCUGUCCUAGUUCUAGGUGGGAGGAAAUGGGGGGGGGGGUUGUUUUUCAGUGGUAAAUCACACCUAAUAAAUUUAUUGUUUUAACUUUU